UCCAAUUUUUAAUUAUUAAAUUAUUGUAGAUAAUAUUUGAGUUUUAGGCGAACACGUUAUUUUGCUUGGAGAAGCGCCAUGGACGAAGAAGAGAAAGGUUUAUUCUGGAAGCUCCCGGUGAUGAAGUCGAAGCAAUUGGGCAAACUUGGCCCUGCCUUUGGCAUCGGUGCUGGUUGCGGUUUCGGUUUUGCUGUCGGCCUCGUUGGAGGUGCGGGGUUUGGCCCGGGAAUUCCAGGGUUACAGCUGGGGUUUGGAUUUGGAGCUGGAUGUGGGAUUGGGUUGGGAUUCGGGUACGGUGUCGGCAGGGGCAUUGCUUAUGAUGAGAAUCGCAGAUAUUCUAACGUCGGAAAGCUUUUUAAUGACCGUGGAAAUCUUCCUAAUCAGGAUGAUAUUAGUGACCUCAUCGAUGAGAUAGUUGUGAAUACUAAGAAGCUAAUGAAAGCAACUUCCAGAGAGGUGGAGAAAUGGAGAAGAUAGUCGACUACCUAAUGCUUGAUGUACAAUGUAUUUCCAGUUGUAACAAUAUCCAGCUCGAUUAGUUGAAUGCUCAAGUAAAAGAACGCAUCUCUUGGUGAUUUAUCAUGUAUGUAAUAUCCAUUAAGUGGAAUGUGCUAGCUUUGUUAUUUGGUUACUGAUUGCUAUGGUUAUCUGUUUCCAAGUGAUGGUUAGGUUUCAAAUACUCUCUCAUGUAGCCCAUGUUUGGUAGGGACUAUAUAAAAUUGAUUUUGUGAAAAUUGAAUUUUA